GUCUGACUGGAGGACUCUGACUGGACGGAGGCAUCGGCGAAUUUCCUGCAGAUGGGCUACAAGCGAACCAUUUGGGAAGCGCAUGGACAGUAGUUAUCACCAUCGCACCUAAAGAAAAAAGCAAACUCCACAUUAUCUUGUAGAUGCUCACCGGCCGCUGAUAGAAUCUCUGACUGGUGCGCAUCUUGUCUGGGUUGCUUUAGGACAACAGCAGGAUCUUACAUUUCUCCUUUUACAACUGACAAUUGCUUUUUGUCGGACAAAAAGCACGGGGCGAGAUGGAUAACGAAAAGUACUUGCCAGAACUAAUGGCGGAGAAGGAUUCUCUGGACCCGUCCUUCCAGCACUCAUUGCGGCUACUUGAUCAAGAAAUCGAAAAGGUUCAGAAAGAUGAAGACAAAGAGGAUGAGAAGUUCAUUGAUGUUGUCAUCAACAAGAACAUGAAACUGGGACAGAAGAUUUUGAUCCCUGUAAAACAGUUUCCCAAAUUUAAUUUUGUGGGUAAACUCCUGGGCCCUCGAGGGAACUCUUUAAAGAGACUGCAGGAGGACACGCUGACCAAGAUGUCCAUCCUCGGCAAGGGAUCCAUGAGAGACAAAGAAAAGGAAGAAGAACUGCGAAAGAGUGGAGAGACAAAGUAUCAUCACCUUAACGAAGAUCUUCACGUGCUGAUCGAGGUGUUCGCGCCGCCCGCUGAAGCGUAUGCGAGAAUGGGUCACGCUCUAGAGGAGAUCAAAAAAUUUCUUAUUCCUGACUAUAACGAUGAGAUCAGACAGGCGCAGCUACAGGAGCUGACGUAUCUGAACGGCGGCUCGGAGGACGCCAAAGUCCCAGCGGCCAGAGGCAAGAGCAGCACGCGAAGCAGAGGAACGCCAGCGCCGGGACCGCACAGGUGUAGAGGGGGCGUUCCUCCUCCUCAGGCGGCAGUCCCGCGGGGGGUGGCUCCCAGAGGAGCUCCGCCCAGCAGGGUUCCGUCCAGCAGAGUAAGGGCCGUUCCCUCACAGAGAGCACGAGGAGCUCCGCCCCCACCCGGGUACAGACCUCCCCCUCCGGUGGUGCAGGAUACCUACGGUGAAUAUGAAUACGAUGAUGGAUAUGGAACAGCCUACGAUGACCAGGGAUACGACUCAUAUGACAACAACUACAACAAUCAGGCACCGAAUUCAGAUGAUUAUUAUGAAUACAGCCAUGGUAUCAGCGGAGAAUCAUAUGACUCUUACGGCCCGGAGGAAUGGACAAACAACCGCAACAAGGCGCCACCAGCAAGGACAAGCAAAGGAGUGUACAGAGAGCAGCCGUAUUCCCGGUUCUGACCUGCUACAGUCCUUCAUGUGCCCUCCCAAGUAAUGGAUUUUCUAUGGACUCUAUUUCCUUUUUUGCAAAUAAAA